UGUGUGUGAAGAAGUAUAUGCUAUAAGCUCUUUGAAAAAACGUUUUUUUCUAUGAUCCGAAACCAUUACCAAAAGGAACGAACCGGGUCGAAAUAUAUAUGAGGGUUGGGGGUGACAGUGGCGGAGAUACCCCGUGUGACGUUUGUUGAGGAAAGAUUGCCCGUCUGACUGACCCUUGUUUCCGGCCUGCCUUCUCCCAAGAUUUCCCGGUUGGUUGUUUUUUCUUCUUCCACUUCUUACUUCACUUUCUCCCCUUCCACCUUCAUAAACCACCAUGUUCCGAUUGGUCACUACCAAGGCUCCAUUGGCAAACAUUGCUGUCCGCAAUGCCGCUGUCAAGACUGUUCGCGCUCCCGUCGCAACCAGCUUCUUCCGCAUGUACAGCACCCCCGCAGGUAAGAACACCGAGUAUGAUGUCGUUGUCAUUGGUGGUGGUCCUGGUGGUUAUCCUGCCGCCAUCAAGGCUGCUCAGCAGGGUCUCAAGGUUGCCUGUAUCGAAAAGCGUGGCUCGCUUGGUGGUACCUGCUUGAAUGUUGGCUGUAUCCCCUCCAAGGCCAUGUUGAACAACUCGCACAUCUACCACGAAACCAAGCACGGUCUUAAGAGCCGUGGUAUCGAAGUUGGCGAUGUCAAGCUUAACAUCGACGGCAUGCACAAGGCCCGUGUUAAGGCCGUCACUGGUCUUACCCGUGGUGUCGAGUUCUUGUUCAAGAAGUAUGGUGUCGACUACGUCAAGGGCACUGGCAAGUUCUUGACUGCCAACGAAAUUGAAGUUGCCGGCUUGGACGGCAACCAGUCGACCGUCAAGGCCAAGAACGUCAUCAUUGCCACCGGUUCGGAAGCCACCCCCAUCCCCGGCAUUGAGUUUGACGAAAAGAAGAUUGUCUCUUCGACCGGUGCUCUUGAGCUUCCCCAGGUUCCCAAGAAGAUGGUUGUCAUUGGUGCUGGUGUCAUUGGUCUCGAGUUGGGCUCGGUCUGGUCGCGUCUUGGUACUGAGGUCACCGUGGUCGAAUACCUGAACGCCAUCGGUGCCGGUAUGGACGCUGAGUUGGCCAAGACCUUCCACAAGUUGCUUUCUAAGCAGGGUCUUAAGUUCAAGAUGGGCACCAAGGUCAACGGUGCUCGCGUUGAAGGUGAUGGCGUCAAGGUUGAGAUUGACGCUGCCAAGGGUGGCAAGGAAGAGACUCUUGAUGCCGAUGUCGUUCUUGUCUCCAUCGGCCGUCGCCCAUACACCACCGGCCUUGGCUUGGAGAACAUUGGCGUCGAAUUGGACAACCGUGGCCGCGUUGUCAUCGAUAACGAGUUCAAGACCAACGUCCCCAACGUCCGCUGCAUUGGUGAUGCCACCUUUGGCCCUAUGUUGGCCCACAAGGCCGAAGACGAAGGUUUCGCCGUCUCUGAAAUGAUCGCCACCGGCCACGGCCACGUCAACUACGAUGUCAUUCCCUCCGUCAUCUACACCCACCCUGAAGUCGCCUGGGUUGGCAAGAACGAGCAGGAAUUGAAGGAGGCUGGCAUCAAGUACAAGGUCGGCAGCUACCCCUUCGUCGCCAACUCGCGUGCACGCACCAACGAUGAUACCGAUGGUAUGGUCAAGGUUCUUGUCGAUGCUGAGACUGACCGCAUGUUGGGUGUCCACAUCAUUGGCCCCAACGCUGGUGAAAUGAUUGCUGAGGCUGGCCUCGCUCUGGAAUAUGGUGCUUCUGGUGAGGAUGUUGGCCGUACCUGCCACGCCCAUCCUACCUUGAGUGAAGCCUUCAAGGAGGCAUGUAUGCUUGCCAGCUUCGGCACUGCCAUCAACUUCUAGACGAUUUAUUAAACCGCAAUCAAAUCAACCAACAACCACACACUCAACAGAAACACACUGACUCGCACACAUACGCCUUUAUUUCUUUCCAUCCACUUUGUUAUUGUCUCUUUUCUCUCCCUCAUCAUGCUCUCUAUCUCUCUCUCUCACCCUCUCUUCCUAUUUCGCUCUUUUUGAUUUAAAAAAAGAUAAAUAUAUGACUAGUCAUUAAAAAAUAAAAAGUGCCCCUAGUAUCUAUCUUGUGGUGCAGUAAUAUCCUUGUCCUUGAUCGUCUCUUGAUGUCCGGUCGUGUCAAAUACAGGCAAUUCAAACGCCUAGUAGUAUAGUG